AUGGAGGGUAUAGAACACAAGACAGUGAUUGCCAAUGGACUCAACAUUCACAUAGCAGAAAAGGAUCAUGGCUACCGAGCUGUGGCACCAGACCUCCGUGGCUAUGGUGACACAACGGGUGCACCAGUGAAUGACCACACCAAGUUCACCAUCCACCAUCUGGUAGGCGACUUGAUUGGGCUUCUUGAUGCCAUAGCUAGCGAAGGUGAAAAGGCGUUUGUUGUGGGUCAUGAUUGGGGUGCAUUCAUUGCUUGGCAUUUGUGUAUGUUUAGACCUGAACGAGUCAAAGCCUUGGUGAACCUGAGUGUGCCGUUUCUUCCCAGAAACCCAAAAACAGAUCUGGUCGAGAUGUUGAGAGAUGCAUAUGGGGAGGAUCACUACAUGACCAGAUUUCAGGAACCCGGUGAAAUUGAAGCCGAGUUAGCUAAAUUGGGUGAUGCCCCAGUCACCUUGCCACCUUGGUUGUCUGAACAAGAUGUUGACUACUUUGCUACUCAACUCCAAAAGACAAGCUUUUCUGGUGGAAUCAACUACUAUCGUGCUUUCCACUUGCACUGGGAGCUCACUGCAGCAUGGCGGGGUGCAAAAGUGAUGGUGCCUUCUAAGUUCAUCAUUGGUGACCUGGACUUGGUAUAUCAUAUGCCUGGCAUCAGAGACUACAUACACAAUGGUGGGUUUCAGAAAGAUGUUCCUUUUCUCGAACAAGUUGUUGUUAUGGAAGGUGUCGCCCACUUCAUCAAUCAAGAGAAGCCCCAUGAGAUCAACCAGCUAAUAAUUGAAUUUCUGCAGAAAUUCUGA